GGAUGGUUCAAUGUUGAUGGCUGGUUAGGGUUAGGGAGGAUUUGCGGUGUUUGCCGUUUGGUGUCUUGGAGUUGUGGAGGAAAAUUAAAAGAAGAAAAUGGCUGGAAUAACACAAACUGUCUUGGGAUUUCAAAGCGUCGCUAACUUAUCUGCCAAACUAUGUCCCAAUUUAAAUGGACUAAUGAGCAUGCUUGGAGGAGCUGUUACAGUGCAAUUGAGAGAAAGAAGACUCUAUGCUCCAAUAAAUUUAGUUAGGCCACGUUACCCACUGUGGUACCUUAGGAAAGAACAUGUGAAUUAUGAAGAGGCCUUAACAGAAAGCAACAAACAGUUUAUUGAGGAAAUUGUACAUGAUAAGUUCGGCCCACCUGCUAUCAUCAGUGGACUGUCGACAUAUCAGCUGAAGACUCCCCUGCGGACAGAGGCAGUAGCCGCGGGAGAGUGGACACCAAGAACUCGUAGAACCGGUCUCAUCGGUAAAAAACUGGGAUAUCAGCCCUUGUGGGAUAAGAAGGGUAACCGGAUAGUGACCACACUGAUACAGAUCGUGGAUAAUCAUGUUGUCAAAUAUAUACCACCAGAGGAGUAUAAACCCAAACGACUAUACAAGUACAGAGAGAAGAAUAGAUUUGGCUGUUUGCUCGUCGGUGCGGAGAGUUCAGACCCUCAGAGAUAUACCAGAGAGUAUUGUGGUCUGUUCUCCGACGCUGGACUCAUGCCUAAGAAGCUUCUGGCACAGUUCAUGGUGUCUCCGGAGGCUGUGGUCCAGCCUGGCACUCCUCUCCUAGCCAACCACUUCAAAGUUGGCGAUGUUGUUGACAUCAGGGGCAAAACGGUGUAUCAAGGAUUUCAAGGAGUGAUGAAGAGGUGGGGUUUCCACGGAAUGCCAGCGACCCAUGGAGUGACCAAGACUCACAGGAGGGGAGGUAACAUCGGAGGUCCCAAGGCCAGAGUUUGGCCUGGUACGAAGAUGCCCGGUCACAUGGGCAACCGUUGGAGAAUCCACAGAGGACUCAAGAUCUGGCGGAUCAACACAAAGUACAAUGUGCUCUACGUGCAAGGCAGAGGCGUUCCGGGAGUGAUCAACAGUUACGUUUACAUCUACGAUACUCUCUUACAUCUCAGGAAAUCUAAGGAAAAACCAGAUGCUUUCCCGACGUUUUACCCAGAGGACCUUGAAGAACCUUUGCCUGAAGACAUUUACGCAGAAGAUAUACAUUCGUUUGGAGAUCCAACAAUUAUGUAUAAGACAGAAAAGUAAAUGUAACUCAGCGUUUUUGUAAAUAUCUUGUUGUAUAAUUUUAGAGUUAUUAAUUAAAACUAAUGUUUUCUAAGGCUUA